AGGCAACUAUGCUAUAUAAGUCUAGAGAAUUCGGUGUAGAGUCAGUGAUUUGACAAAGUUCUUUUGAUUGAGAAGAUGAAAUUCUUUACGGUAUUAUUCUUUAUCGUUUUCGCGGUCGUCCUAGUUAAUGGACAACGCCGAUCUGGAAGACGAGGACCUGGUGGACUAGUUGGAAGACUCGCAGGAGGUCCUGGAGGAUUUGGUGCUUCUGCAAGAGUUGGCGGACGUCCACCAUUUGGUGGUCCAGGCAGACCUCAUGGUCCUCGUCCUUGUCAACCACGACCUCAACCAUCAUCUUCAUCUGUAGCACCUGACGCUUCAUCUGUUGCACCUGAAUCUUCAUCUGUUGCAUCUGAAUCUUCAUCUGUUGCAUCUGAAUCUUCAUCUGUUGCACCUGAAUCUUCAUCUGUCUCUGCAUAAAGAUUUGUUGGCAGCGUCAAUUGUUAUAAACAAAACUAAUGCAGAUUAAUUAGAUUAAAUGAAAUUAACUAAAUUGAAAACUAAAUACAUAUUUAUUUACCCGCUUAG